AUGGAUUUCUCCAUCUCCGACUAUGAAAUUGUUGUGGACUCACACUCACCUGCCCCUCCUAUAAGGCCCCGAGAUGAACUGCAAACAGUGAAUUCCUCCUACUUACGGGGUAUAGUGGAUAUGGGGAGUAACGGCAUCCGAUUCUCCGUCACGGAUCUAUCUCCACCUUUCUCUCGUAUUCUUCCUACAAUCCAUGUGUAUCGUGUCAGUAUAUCACUUUACGACGCCCAGUUUGAUCCAGAGACCGGCCAACAAGUACCCAUCCCAGCUGACACUAUUGACGACGUUAUUGCUGCGCUGAAUCGCUUCAAAAUUGUCUGCACCGACCUUGGCGUUCCCGAAGCGAACAUCCAUGUUGUCGCCACUGAAGCAACUCGAGCUGCUCUCAACUCAUCUGAAUUCAUAAAGAAAAUAAAGGCAGCUACCGGACUUGUUGUUGAUAUGCUCCCUAAAGAAGAUGAAGGACGUAUCGGUUCUCUAGGCGUUGCAAGCGGUUUCUCUGAUAUUAGAGGACUUAUGAUGGACCUUGGCGGUGGCAGCACUCAGAUUACCUGGAUUAUAUCACAAGGCGGGAACGUCCGCAUUAGUGACAAAGGAUCAAUAAGCUUUCCUUACGGAGCUGCAGCAUUGACGAAGACUUUGGAGGACCUUAAAAGGGGUAAGUCGAAACAUGAGGCAGAGAAAGCACGAGAAAAGCUUCGCCAGGAGAUGUCAAAGAAUUUCGAGGACGCAUACAAAAGUCUCCGAAUUCCUGAAAGCUUAGUUGAGGAAGCAAAGACAAAUGGCGGGUUUCCAUUGUAUCUCUCUGGGGGUGGAUUUCGAGGUUGGGGCUACUUGCUCCUUUAUAUGAGCCAGACUGGCGAGAAGCCUCAUCCCAUAUCCAUCAUUAAUGGAUACACCGUUGGAAAGGAAAGAUUUGAGAACACAAAAGCCAUGGAAGAGGUUGCUCGGAAUGCGCAUUCUGUCUUCCGGGUUUCAGAUCGGAGGAGAAAACAGGUUCCUGCUGUCGCAUUCCUAAUCAACGCUCUAUCCAACGCGAUCCCUCAUGGAAUCCGACUUGCACACUUCUGUCAAGGAGGUGUGCGUGAAGGACUUCUAUUCAGAGAGCUUGAGCCUAGUAUCAGAGCUCAGGACCCGCUCGAGGUCACUACCCAGCGUUUCGCCCCCGAGUCAGUCGAGGCUCUCUACAACCUUCUCAUGUUCUCAUUUCCUAAGCCCUCCAAGGGUGGGACUCGCAGAUUCCCAGAGUCCAUCAGCAAGCACGUUAUACGAGGAUUCGCAAAUAUCAUGUAUGUUCAUACGAUCAUGGAUAAAGAGCUUGCAUCUACGGCGGCAAUGUAUAGCACAAGCACCGGACUAAUGGCCUUUACUCGCGGGGUUUCGCAUGAAGACCGAGCCAGACUUGCCCUCAUGCUGGAAUCUCGUUAUAUGGGAGAGCUACCCCCACGCGAGAGUAAGUUCAAGGAGGCACUCCAAUCUAUCAUUACGCCUGAAGAGGUUUGGUGGGCUGCAUACCUUGGCCGAGUCGGAUACCUACUUGGUCGCCUCUACCCCUCUGGAGAGAUUGAUGAGAGCAAGCCUCGCAUUGUGCUCUCGUCUGAAUGGGCUUGGGAUCUAGGCCGCAAGAAGAAGGGGGAGGGUGUUCAGCUGACAAUAUCUAUACAAAAGAUGAAACAUGAUCCCGCAAAGCUAAAGAAAGCCUUAAGAGAUCAUGUGAAUAUAGUGGAAAAGAUUGGUAAAAAGAAGAAUUGGAUUGGAGGGCCAGAUGGUUGGGGGCUAAAGUAA